GGCGGUUGCACAGGAGGACCGGGGCAGCUGAGAGGCGGCCGGACGCCUUUGGCGGGUGCACCUCGGCUUCCCCGGGCUGGCGAUGGCGAGAGCCGUGCUGCUGGCCGCGCUGCUUCUCGCAGCCCUCGUGUCCGUGGACUCGGCCAAGGCACGGCGGGCCACCACGCACGAGAAGUCCAACAACUUUUUCAGGCAGGUCGCAAAUGGCAUUUACCGGAACUUGGUGGCCAUUUUCGGGGAGCAGAUGGUGGAGGCGGUGUACAAGUUUUUCUCCAGGGCAACUGAACAGUUUGUCUUUGGUAUGGAUGUGUUGGUGGAAACCGUGUGGAAAAUAUGGGCGGACCUCCUGGAAAUUCUUGGAAUUGAUGCAUCCAACCUGCACCAGUAUCUGAAUCCAGCGACAGCAGUUCACCAUCCAUCUCAAGUCCUCCUGAUAUCUGUUGCUGUGCUUUUAGCUUACUGGUUUAUAUCAAUGUGUCUGGGACUUCUGUUUUAUAUGUUACGCACAGUAUUUGGCUAUUUUUUCUGGAUUGCCCGAAUCAUCUUUUUUGCCCUUGCUUGUUUGUAUAUUCUGCAGAAGAAUGAAGGUGACCCUGAAGGUGCUGUGCUCCCCCUUUGCAUUCUAGUUUUGACAUAUGUUAUAACUGGUCCAGUUGGCUUUUAUUGGAGGAGAAGUGGUAAUCAUGUAGAAGAUAAACUUGAACACCUUGAUGGUCAAAUCAGGCUCAUGAACAUUCGUCUUAAUAGAGUCUUGGAAAAACUUGACCAAAAUGCUGCUUAGUGCUGGAAAAACACCAUUGCUUAUCACCAGCACUGUUUAAUAUAUAAUGAACCAUUGUUAACAGGGGUGAUUUGGUCAACCCAUGUUCAUAACAAUCAAGAUUAGUUGUGAAGUGUCAGUGAAUUAGUGACCAGUAAUUAUAUUCCUAAAUUUCCUUUUUUAUCAUUCAACCCUUUUUUUAAUUUUUAUACUCAUUGAGUAUAUUAUUACUAAUAACAAGUGGUAAAUUGUUGUAUCUUAAUAUUUUCUCUAAAUGUCUUAAAUACAUAUGGUUUGUUUUCAUUGCUAUAGAGGCAAUGGUGAAAUAUGCUGGACCAGUUUGUUUGGAAUCGCUAUCCAUGGUCCCUGCAAACCCUUGCUUACUGGGCAAUAUGCAGAGAGCUUAUCUUCCGGUUUGCACCAGUGACUGAUCACUAGAUUUUCAGAGACCCAUUAAUAUGGAAGUUUUCUUUUUAAGUUUCAAUGGCCAGCAUAAUUUGGUCCAAUAUUCUUUUCAACCUAUUGUGGGGGAAGAGAGGAGUGUGUGCUUAACAAUUGUGCACCAUCGUUUCUAAGCUCUUUGUGCAUUCAUAAAUAAACUGGAUGAUUUUUAGCACUUGCACAGUUUGCAAUUAAAACCAAGGACAAACUCAAAAGACAUUUUGUACAAUUUUUCCUUCUAGUUGCCCCCUUCCGGUCCAUUUCAGUGUAGCUAUGUUGUUAGAUCCUUAAUUAUGUAAGAGAACUUAAGCUGGUGUUCUAUAUGCAAUGUGCUGUGGUGAAAAGAAACAGUCCAGAUUUCUUACUACUGUGCAUUUGAAAUUUUCCUUUGGUUUUGUGGGUACAUUGCAUGUGAAUAGAAGUAAGGUAUAGAAAUGUGUAUAUUUGCAAUCAUUUAUUGCCAAUUAUUCAAAGAUCAUAGAUCUAUUAAUAUGGCAUGUUUAUAAUUGUGAUGAGUGAUUCAUUGACAGAUUAUUUAUGUAUAGCCUAAUUAUGAUAUAUUAAAAAAGAUGUAAAGUUUACUGUUUACCAUCCCACCUCCAGUCUUCAGUAGAACUUUAUUUAAGAUAGAUAGCCUCAUAUUUAGGGCUGACCACACAAAUUUGUAUGAUUCCUCUUUAGAGAUCAUCAAUUCCACAGGAUAGACGAGUAGAAUUGUAAAUGGUUGCAGUCAAAUGUGACAAUCGAGGAAAUGAAUCAGACUUGGUGCUGGAGUCUCCUUGUUCUUUGUUAUGACUGAUCAGGUAAGAAAAAAAUGAGGAGGAUGGGAAUUUAAGUUAUGAAGAUCUAUGAAAUUUAUACUAAGUGGAGUUAAUUCCACCAACAAAUAGUGAUUUAUAUUGGUUCUAGAGCGGGGUUCCCAACCUGGGAUCCAUGGCCCCCUUGCUUGAUGUUAUUGGACCAUGUCAUAAUGAAGAUUGGGAACCCCUGUUCUAGAGGAUUUUCUCAAAUGCUGUAUGCUCUGGAGUUUAGAACCAAGCACUUCACACUAGAAAAAUGCUUAUUUUUUUUGUAGCCAUUGAACAUUAAUUGAAGUUAUUGUGGAUUCUGAAUUGUAGGAAAAUCAUUAAUAUUUUAAAAUGUAUAUUUGAAGAGAUUGAAUAAAUCAUGAUAAUCUUAUUUGAGCUAGCAUUGUAGCCAGAUUUCAAACUCGGUGUAUUGAAAUAAUUUUAAACCUAACUUUAAUAUUAUACAAAGUGGACUUUGUUAAUUUUUGGCUAUUUUCAUGUGAGAAUUUCAUUGCUAGUUCAUUAUUUGACCGUACUAAUUUUUCAUUGGGCCACAUGAUAUUUUCAGCAAGUCAAAUAGUGUGUUUUAUGCCUUCUUACAAAAAUCAUGGUUAUGUACUUGGAUUUUUUUUCAGUCAAAGCCUUUAAUUGUCCAGAUUCAAACAAGUGUCAUGCAUUUUGUGAAUUGCAUUGUAUAAUUAUAUGUUACAGUUAAGUAUUUGGAUUCUGUCAGUGUCAUUUUUACCUAUAUAUGGAAUCUGUUAAGCAAUGCUACUGUACAUUAAUAAAAGCAAAACAAUUAGUACA